AGAGUCAAGCAGAAACUGGAGAAGGAGAAGAGUGAGCUUAGACUGGAGCUGGAUGAUGUGGUUUCCAGUAUGGAACUUAUUGUUAAGUCUAAGACUAACUUGGAGAAGACCUGCAGAACUUUGGAGGAUCAAAUGAAUGAAUACAGGAACAGGUGUGACGAAAAUCAGAGAUCUCUCAAUGACUUAACCACCCAAAAAGCCAAGCUCCAAGCUGAGAACGAUGAGCUUUCAAGACAGAUGGAGGAAAAAGAAUCUCUCAUUUCUCAGCUGACGAGAGGAAAGAACUCCUAUAAUCAACAACUUGAAGAUUUGAAAAGACAACUAGAGGAGGAAGUAAAGGCCAAGAAUGCGUUAGCCCAUGCAGUGCAGUCUGCUCGUCAUGACUGUGACCUGCUCAGGGAGCAGUAUGAGGAGGAGCUGGAGGCCAAGGCUGAAUUGCAGCGUGGCAUGUCCAAGGCCAACUCGGAGGUGGCUCAGUGGAGAACUAAGUACGAAACUGAUGCCAUCCAGAGAACUGAGGAACUGGAGGAGGCCAAAAAGAAGCUGGCUCAGCGUCUGCAGGAUGCUGAGGAGGCUGUAGAAGCAGGAAAUGCUAAAUGUUCAUCUCUGGAAAAGACCAAACACAGGCUGCAGAAUGAGAUUGAAGAUCUUAUGGUUGACGUGGAGAGAUCUAAUGCUGCUGCUGCUGCUCUGGACAAGAAGCAAAGAAACUUUGACAAAAUCCUGUCUGAGUGGAAGCAGAAAUAUGAGGAGUGUCAGUGUGAGCUAGAGAGCUCUCAGAAAGAGGCCAGGUCUCUGAGCACUGAGCUCUUCAAACUGAAGAACUCCUACGAAGAAUCUCUUGACCAUCUGGAGACCCUGAAGAGAGAAAACAAGAAUCUUCAGGAGGAGAUCUCUGACCUCACUGAGCAACUUGGUGAGGGAGGAAAAACCAUUCAUGAGUUGGAGAAAGUUCGCAAGCAGCUGGAGCAGGAAAAGAGUGAGAUUCAGUCUGCCCUUGAGGAAGCAGAGGCUUCUCUGGAGCAUGAGGAGGGCAAGAUUCUCAGAGCCCAGCUCGAGUUCAGCCAGAUUAAGGCAGACAUGGAGCGUAAAAUAGCAGAGAAAGAUGAGGAGAUGGAGCAGAGCAAGAGGAACCUGCAGAGGAUGAUUGACAACCUGCAAAGCUCUCUCGAGGCAGAGACUCGCAGCAGGAAUGAGGCCCUCCGCUUGAAAAAGAAGAUGGAGGGAGACCUCAAUGAGAUGGAGAUCCAGCUGAGCCAGGCCAACAGGCAGGCAGCUGAGGCUCAGAAACAACUUAAGGCUGUUCAUGCACAUCUAAAGGAUGCACAACUCCAGCUUGAUGAGUCUCUUCGAUCCAAUGAAGAUCUUAAAGAGAACAUUGCCAUCGUUGAGAGACGCAACCAUCUGCUUCAGGCUGAACUGGAGGAGCUCAGGGCUGCUCUGGAGCAAACUGACAGAAGUCGCAAACUUGCUGAGCAAGAGCUGCUGGAUGUUACUGAAAGGGUGCAGCUACUGCACUCACAGAACACUAGCCUGAUAAACCAAAAGAAGAAGCUGGAGGCUGAUAC